GUAAUUACUUAAACUUGAAUAGGGGCUGAACGGUAUCACAGCGACAUCUUCUUCUUCUUCCUCUUCUUCUCCCAUCUUGGGUUCCUUGCUCAGUUGGAUCUUACCAAGAGUUCCAUCUAAUAUUGGCAGCUACUUGGCCGCAAGAUGGACAACAUUGUGGAUUCCCUAAACAAUGCAUACCAAGAGUUUGUUGUUGCGGCAGCUAACGUGCUCGAAGCCAAGGAAACUUCUGGUGGCCAAAAAACAACAGCCACAGAUGCUGCUUUAGAGAGCUUUAAGCAGAAGUGGGAACUUUUCAGAGUGACUUGUGAUCAAGCAGAGGAGUUUGUGGAGUCUGUGAAGCAAAGGAUUGGCUCAGAGUGUCUGGUGGAUGAGGCAACCGGCCCUGUGGUAGGGAAGUCUGGGCAGACUGCGACAACUGGUCUCCCACCCAUCAGUGCAGUUCGAUUGGAACAGAUGAGUAAAGCUGUUCGAUGGCUUGUCAUAGAACUUCAACAUGGUUCUGGUGCAGCCUCUGGUUCAGCACAUGCCCAUCAAUCAGCUCCUUUUGAUGCUAGAUUCUCUGAAGAUUCAGCUCCAUAGAUAUCAUCUUUGGAACAUCAGGUCCAUCAGGUCCAUCAGAUGGGUUUAUAUCAGCAAUCUGAGGAAUAUUCACAUGCUGUCUGCAUUUACUAUCAUCUGCUGCUUUUGGGUGAUUUAGAAUGCAAGUAAUGCAGUCGUGUUAGGUUCCAUAUUAUCGUUUCUGCUUCAGCAUUUGUGCUUUUGUGGGAAACAAUAUGCCAGUGAUUUGUGAUCCCUUUGUAUUCUCUCACUGCCUAUAUUGUUAUUGCGUAAUGUACUCGUACAGCCUACAAUAGACCAUUUCGAGGAGACCCUUUCGUAAGCUGUUAUUUCAAGAGCCAAGAACGAUGCUUUUGUUGAAGUCAUGUAUUUAGCUGUUACAAGAGCCUAGAACAGUGCUUUUGUUGAAGUCGAUACACUACUGCUGCUGAAGUUGUCUUCAA